AUGUCUCAGCACACCGACGGCGAAGCAGAACCAGCGUCGCAGUGCAAUGCCGGCGAUGCUGUUGAGCCCUCUGCCCCGCAGCUUGGCCAGCAAGGCGCACCCCCUCCACAACCUACGUCACACUCGAGAACCAGCCGAAUCCUCACCGGCGAUCUUGCAGGACGACCGCUCUCCCCGCCCGCCACCUCCAACAACUUCUUCUCUCCCACAUCGGACGUAGGCUCUUUGAGUCCUGGAAUUGACGAUCGAGUGUUUCCCAUCCGGAGCGUCGUUUCAAUGGACCCCACGCCCACGCCCACGAUUCGCGGUCGCCAGGAAGGCUACUUCCAGAGCUUGGCUCGUGCAGGCGAGAUGAGACGCUUCUCCGCCGCCAGUGGCUCUACGAAGUCAUCAGAAUCCCGCGCUUCCUCGAAACAACGGCCUGAGAACCAGCAGUCACUGGCCUCUGGCGCGUCCGAUGCUGCUAGCAAAAGGGGGCCUGUCGGAGAGAGGCUUGAUAAGAGGUUACCGCAGCAGAUCUUUAGCGACAUGGUUUCCAAUAAAUCUGGGAGCGAUGCCGGGGGUCAACAAUCGAGCGUCAACCUUUCAUCUGGGGCCCCGAGCGUGUCCGGACGCAGCAUCACCGAGAGCUUGGGCGAUACGCCUCUGGUGACUGCCCGUUUCAAACACGUCGUCUCCGACGGCGGACAUGCCAUCAUCACAGGACGAGACGGAGAAACGCUACAAAGAUGCGAAGACGAGCCAAUCCACAUACCUGGCGCCGUCCAGAGUUUCGGUCUAUUGAUCGCCUUUGAGGAAGAGUCUGACGGAAAACUAAUAGUCCGCGUGGUCAGCGAGAACUCUCCGAAGAUAAUAGGCUAUUCGCCGAAACAACUCUUCGCGCUCGAAAACUUCUGCGACAUUCUCUCCGAGGAGCAAGCAGAUAACCUACUCGACCACGUCGAUUUCAUCCGCGACGAGGAUGCGGACGUCGCGACCAAUGGGCCGGAGGUCUUCACGCUGACGAUCCGAGGACCGGACAGGAAGGCUCGAAGAUUCUGGUGUGCUAUGCACGUCAACCCUGCCCAUCCACAUUUGGUAAUCUGCGAAUUCGAACUGGAAGACGAUUCCGUGAACCCACUGGUCCCGUCGAGCGAAGUUGCCCCGGACACGCCUGAAGAUACCUUGCAAAGUAACCCAACGGCCGAGGAGUUCGCAGAAAGCACACAAAACAUCAGCCGACCACUACGAGUACUUCGAAGUGCCCGCAAGCGGAAGGGGGAAGCGGCCGCCAUGGAAGUCUUCAAUAUCAUGUCCCAGGUGCAGGAGCAACUGGCGGCUGCCCCGAAUCUGGACCAUUUCCUGAAGGUCUUGGUGGGAGUAGUCAAGGAACUGACGGGGUUCCACCGCGUCAUGAUCUACCAGUUUGAUGCAGCCUGGAAUGGAAGGGUUGUGACCGAAUUGGUGGAUCCUCGCGCAACAAAAGAUCUCUACAAGGGCUUGAACUUUCCAGCCUCAGACAUUCCUAGACAGGCUCGAGAACUGUACAAGGUCAACAGGGUGCGCUUACUGUACGACCGAGACCAGGUGACAGCCCGGUUGGUGUGUCGGACUGUCGAGGACCUCGAAACACCACUCGACCUUACGUACGCCUACCUCCGAGCAAUGUCGCCCAUCCAUCUCAAAUACCUUGGGAACAUGGCAGUCCGGUCAUCCAUGUCUAUUUCUAUCAAUGCCUUUGACGAGCUGUGGGGAUUGAUAGCUUGUCAUUCGUAUGGAUCUAACGGAAUGCGGGUCAGCUUUCCGAUCCGGAAGAUGUGCCGUCUAGUAGGGGAUUCAGCUUCAAGGAAUAUUGAGCGUCUCUCUUACGCAUCAAGAUUGCAAGCCAGGAAACUGAUCAAUACCGUUCCCACACAACACAACCCGUCCGGCUACAUCAUCGCCUCAUCAGACGAUCUUCUCAAGCUUUUCGACGCAGAUUUCGGCCUCCUCUCCAUCAGAGACGAGACCAAGAUUUUGGGCCGGAUGGACCAAACCCAAGAAGCGUUGGCCAUGCUCGAGUACCUUCGGAUGCGAAAGAUUUCCUCGGUAACGACAUCCCAGGACGUGUCGACCGAUUUCCCGGACCUGCGUUAUCCCCCCGGUUUUCAGAACAUUGCAGGCAUGCUCGUCGUCCCUCUCUCGAUAAGCGGCACGGACUUCAUAGUGUUCUUCAGAAAGGGGCAGUUGAAGGAAGUGAAAUGGGCAGGUAAUCCCUACGAAAAGUUCAUAAAGGAGGGCACUGAAGGGUAUCUGGAGCCGAGAAAGAGUUUCAAGACGUGGAGCGAGACCGUGGUUGGUAUGUGUCGCGAGUGGACCGAUGAGGAGAUCGAGACUGCCGCCGUUCUGUGCUUGGUGUACGGAAAAUUCAUCGAAGUUUGGCGCCAAAAGGAGGCAGCGUUACAGAGCAGCCAACUCACUAGGCUUCUGCUCGCCAACUCUGCACAUGAAGUUCGCACCCCGCUCAAUGCAAUCAUCAAUUACCUGGAGAUUGCUCUCGAAGGCACAUUAGAUAACGAGACUCGGGAGAACCUCGCCAAGUCUCAUUCGGCGUCCAAGUCCUUGAUAUACGUCAUCAACGAUCUGCUGGACUUGACCAAGACCGAAGAAGGCGGUGACCUGGUCAAGGGAGAUGUGUUCGAUCUAAAGACCACCUUCCAGGAGGCCACAGACGCCUUCUCGGGCGACGCUAAGCGCAAGAGAAUAUCUUACGAGGUCAUGGAGCACCCCGGCGUGCCUCAAAAGGUCAUAGGUGAUCAGCGCAGAGUCCGCCAGGCGAUAUCCAACGUUACGGCAAAUGCAAUCAAGAACACAUUCGAGGGUGGAGUCAAAGUCGACAUGUACGUUUCCGACUGGGAAGAAAACCGCGUUAAUGUCGAGAUUGCCGUCAUGGACACUGGCACCGGUAUGAGCAGCAAAAAGCUCGACGCCUUGUUCCGCGAUCUCGAACAAGUUCAGAGCGAGACGACGGAGAUGUUGGAGGAAAGUCUCGCACCCGACGCGAAGAAGAUUGAGGACGACCCCGCGGCCGAGAAGCGCACUCUUGGUCUCGGGCUUGCCGUUGUAUCUCGAGUAGUGCGGAACAUGAAUGGCCAGCUGCGACUGAGGUCCGAGGAAGGCAAAGGAUCGCGAUUCAUCAUCCAACUGCCGUUCGAUCUGCCCGAUGGUAAUGACAAGAGUUUGAUGAGUGCUUCGUCAACUCCGCAGGCGGAGGGCCUUCCAGAUGCUGCGCGUGAGGUUACCCUUGUGGAAAAGGGCGGCUCGCAGGGUAGGGAAGGAACCAACAGUUUGCUCCGGCGAGACAGUGCGGAGAGCGUCAGUAGUAAAAAGAGCCGCAAGAGCCUCAACAGCCUCUCGAGUAACAAUAGCGGCAGAAGCGAUGUCGACAGGCUGAUCGAAGCCAUCCAGGAGCCUCAUCUGGUGGAUGGGAGGAGCAGUGCUGAUCGUUCGCGGAGAACGUCACAAAACAGCAGGCCCAGCCUGGAGAAGAGACCAAGCCUGGAAAAGCGGUCUGCGACGGGCAGUGCGGCAAAGCCACCAGAGAGACCGCGCUCACUACACACCGCGGAGUCGAAACGGCGCAGUCAACCAAACACGCUUGCCGUCAGCUCUCCUGGUAGGGCCGAGGUGCCCGGCUCAGGGUUUCCUAUCCGGCCAGUUCGAAUGGGGGAAGACGAGACACCGCAGCAUGAGGACUCCAGCAGCAUCAAGUCCGGCAUUAUUGGGGAAGUCGACGAAAACAGGCCUGCCCUUGAGGAACCUCUAACAGCCGAUAAUCUGCGCGUUCUCGUCGCAGAAGAUGACCCUGUGAACAGCAGGAUCAUCAAGAAGCGUUUGGAAAAGCUUGGCCACAGCAUCGUACUUACUGUCAAUGGCGAAGAAUGUGCAACCAUCCACAACGAAAACCCUGAGAGCUUCGAUGUCGUGUUGAUGGACAUGCAGAUGCCAAUCGUCGAUGGGCUCGCUUCAACCAAAAUGAUUCGCUCGUUCGAGAAAACGCACCCGGCAGACUGUCUCUCGCGCCGAGCCAAACUGAACGGCCGGAUACCUAUUAUUGCUGUCUCUGCGUCUUUGGAGGAAAGCAAGCGCAAAGUCUACAUUGACGCAGGUUUCGACGCUUGGAUCCUGAAGCCAAUUUCGUUUCCUCGUCUCCAAGAACUGGUCGCUGGGAUCGUGGACCCCGAUGUCCGUGGAGAAGCACUUUACAAGCCCGGCGACUGGGAAAGAGGAGGAUGGUUUGAAGCAGCAAGUCCGGAUCUCUUCGCGGCGCAAACGAAGCCGUCGGGGCAGAUUCCCACCGAAGUCGCAUCACCGGAGUUCAGAGCAGCCGCUGAAUCAGAGAAGCCGGAUGCCGGGGAUUCAAAAAACCGCCAGACAGGAGAACAGGCUCGUCUCCGAGUGACCCAGGCAAGAGCGCGUAAGCUUCGAGCAAGCAGAUCAACGCCCAACCUGGGGAGGUCAAGAAGCGGAAGCGAGGAAGAUUCUGGUUCGUCCGAGACAGUCAAGGGAGAGCCGGACUAG